UGUCAAUGCAAUUAAGUACACACAACAUUCAAUCAAAUUACAUACAUAUCUUGCUACAGAAACUUGUGAUGACCACAAUGUCAAUGAUGGAUCCAUUUUGUUUGAAAUUGAUUCAAAUCCUAUUUCUCAUGUCUUUGGUGUUGCAAGCAGACCUUGUUUGUUCAAAAGAGGCUGUUAGGUGCAUACAAAGUGAGAGGCAGGCACUUCUACAAUUCAAGGCUGGCCUUACUGAUGUGUAUGACAACAUGCUGUCAUCUUGGAGGACAGAAGAUUGCUGCCAAUGGAAGGGAAUUGGUUGCAGCAACGUCACUGGUCAUGUAAUUAUGCUCGACCUUCAUGGUAACUAUAAUGAUGGUGCCGAUACAUUUUAUAUCAGUGGUGAUAUCCACAAGUCACUGAUAGAGUUGCAGCAAUUAAAGUAUUUGAACCUCAGUGGAAAUAAUUUUGAAGGCAAAGAUAUCCCAAGUUUCUUUGGAUCUCUAAGAAACCUAAGAAACCUUGAUCUUUCAAAUUGUUAUUUUGGCGGACGAAUUCCUAUUCCAUUGGGGUCUCUUUCACAUUUGAAAUACAUAAAUCUUUCCAACAAUCGUCUAGAUGGUGUGAUUCCUAAUCGACUUGGAGAUCUCUCCAACUUGCAAUUUCUUGAUCUCAACAAUAAUGGUUUGGAAGGAAGCAUUCCAUCUCAACUUGGAAAUCUUUCCAACUUGCAAUUUCUUGAUCUCAGCAUCAAUGGUUUUGAAGGAAGCAUUCCAUCUCAAAUUGGAAAGCUUACAAAUCUACAAGAGCUUUAUCUUGGAAGAAGGGAUGCUGAUAGUGCUCUGACAAUUGGCAACAGUACAGAUCACAGUGGAGGUCAGUGGUUGUCUAAUCUAACCUCUUUAACCCAUCUUCAUCUGAUGUCAAUAUCUAAUCUUGAUAAAUUUAAUAGUUGGUUUCAAAUGGUUGGUAAGUUACCAAAACUAAGAGAACUAAGUUUAAGAAAUUGUGACCUUUCUGAUCAUUUUAUCCAUUCAUUGAGUCAAUCCAAGUUCAACUUUUCCAAUUCUCUUUCAAUCCUUGAUCUUUCUUUGAACUACUUUACGUCAUCUUUGAUAUUUGAGUGGGUGUCAAACAUAAGUUCCAAUCUUGUAAGGCUUGACCUUAGUUAUAAUCAGAUGGUGGAUCUCCCAUCAAAUAAAUUUUCCCACAGGCUUCCAAAAUUGAGAGAACUAAUAUUAAGUAAUAACAAGUUCACAUCUUUGAUGAUACUCCAGUCUUUGUCAAACAUAAGUUAUAAUCUUGUUGAGCUUGACCUUUCUGUCAACAACUUGGAGGCUCCUCCAUCAAGUGACUAUGGCAUAGUGAUGAAGCAUCUUGAGAGACUUGAUUUAUCAAUUAAUAGAUUGCAGGAUGGGGUCUUUAAAUCCUUCGUGAAUUUAUGUGCCUUACGUUCUUUAGAUAUUAAAUUCAACGAAGUCACUGAAGACCUUCAAUCAAUUAUUCACAAUUUGUCUAGUGGUUGUGUUAGAAACUCACUUCAAGUGUUAGACCUUAGUUUCAAUGGAAUCACUGGAACACUACCUGACCUUUCUAUAUUCACAUCAUUGAAAACAUUGCAUCUUUCUUCCAAUCAAUUGAGUGGAAAGAUUCCUGAAGUUACUACCUUGCCAUUUCAGUUGGAGACUUUCUCCAUCGAAAGAAACUCUUUAGAAGGAGGAAUUCCAAAAUCAUUUUGGAUGAAUGCAUGUAAGUUGAAAUCAUUGGACUUGUCUAAUAACGGUUUCAGUGGUGAGCUUCAAGUAAUAAUCCAUCACUUAUCUAGAUGUGCUAGAUAUUCACUCCAACAAUUAAAUCUAAGAUUUAAUCAAAUUAACGGCACACUACCUGAUCUCUCAAUAUUCCCAUUUUUGGAGAUAUUUGAUAUUUCUGAAAAUAAGCUAAGUGGGAAGAUAGCUGAAGAUAUUCAAUUUCCAGCCAAACUAAGGACAUUACAGAUGGGUUCGAACUCUAUGAGUGGAGUGAUAUCUGAAUUUCAUUUUUCUGGUAUGUCGAUGUUAAAGGAAUUAGACUUGUCUGACAAUUCACUAGCAUUGACAUUUACUGAAAACUGGGUCCCGCCAUUUCAACUUCACAUUAUAGGAUUGAGAUCAUGCAAACUUGGUCUUACAUUUCCUAAAUGGAUUCAGACACAGAAGUACCUGCUCAUUCUUGAUAUUUCUAAUGCUGGAAUUUCAGAUAAUGUUCCGGAGUGGUUUUGGGCUAAACUAUCAUCACAAAAGUGCAGGAGCAUCAACGUUUCAAACAAUAAUCUCAAAGGAAUAAUUCCAAAUCUUCAAGUAAAAAAUUAUUGCUCUAGUUUAUCUCUUUCAUUAAAUGAAUUUGAAGGGCCCAUUCCACCAUUUCUACAAGGUUCCCAUGUUAUUGACCUGUCCAAAAACAAGUUCUCUGAUUCUUUUCCAUUCUUAUGUGCAAAUGGUAUAGAUGUAAUGUUAGGCCAAUUUGACCUUUCAAAUAAUCAAUUAUCUGGAAGAAUUCCAGACUGUUGGAGCAAUUUCAAGUCAUUGGUUUAUGUUGAUUUGAGCCACAACAAUUUUUCAGGGAAGAUUCCUUCUUCAAUGGGAUCACUUGUUAAUCUGCAAGCAUUACUAUUGAGGAACAAUAGCUUAACAGAGGAGAUCCCUUUCUCCUUAAUGAACUGCACUGAUAUGGUAAUGUUUGAUUUGAGAGAAAAUAGAUUAAAUGGACUCAUCCCUUACUGGAUUGGAAGCAAAUUAAAAGAUCUGCAAAUUUUAAGCUUACGAAGGAAUCAUUUCUUUGGAAGUUUACCAUUUGAACUUUGCCAUUUACAAAAUAUUCAACUCUUUGAUCUCUCAUUGAACAAUCUCUCUGGGAAGAUUCCGAAAUGCAUUAAAAAUUUCACUUCAAUGACUCAAAAAGAUUCACCAGAUGGUUUUAUCGGUCAUUCUUAUAUUAUCAGCCAAGGAUCUACGAGUUUUCAAGAAGACUAUGAAUUGAGUGCAUUCUUGACAUGGAAAGGUGUAGAACAAGAGUUUAACAACAAUGGCUUGUAUCUUCUAAAAAGCAUAGACCUAUCCAGCAAUCACUUCUCAGAAGAGAUUCCACCUGAAAUUGCAGAUUUGAUUCAAUUGGUCUCGUUGAACUUAUCAAGAAACAACUUGACAGGGAAAAUUCCUUCAAAUAUUGGAAAUCUAACAUCACUUGACUUUCUUGAUUUGUCACGAAAUAACUUGUUUGGUUCAAUUCCUCCCAGUCUCUCUCACAUAGACCGGCUAAGUGUGUUAGAUUUGUCACAUAAUCAAUUAUCUGGAGAAAUUCCAACGAGUACACAACUACAAAGUUUCAAUCCCUCAAGUUACGAAGAUAAUCUUGAUCUUUGUGGACAACCACUUGUAAAGUUGUGUGUUGAAGGGAAACCAGCGCAUGAACCAAAAGCAGAAGUUCAAGACGAUAAAGAUUUGCUUCUCAAUCGAGGAUUUUACAUAAGUCUGACAUUCGGAUUUAUUAUAGGCUUUUGGGGAGUGUUUGGCUCAAUCCUAAUCAAGCGCUCUUGGAGACAUGCUUAUUUCAAGUUCAUGAACAACUUAGUGGAUACAAUUUACGUGAAAUGCAGAUGGGGACUCAAAGGUUAACCGGGGGCAUUUCACUAAAGGGUACUCGAUAGUGCGUUCGUGGUGAAUCAAAUUAAGGUGUGCAGUCAAAGACCUACUCUAGGAAGAUGAAUGCUUUCUUUUCUUUUAUGAAUGAUUUGUGAAUUAUUUGCUUUGUAACUCUAGAAAGAUGAUUUCUCCUUGCUCCCAACAUGUCUCAAAACACUCAAUUUGUCUUGUUUAUACAAUCCGGACGUGCAAAAGACACCUUAUUUUAGACAUCUGGAUUCUGUAAUCCGGACAAAUUGAGAGAUGUUGAUGGCUUAAGAGAAACUAUCUUCUUGGAAAUAGAUUGUUCGGGGUGUCUCUUUGUAAUAUGUGGUUAUGUCAUUUAUUGCUUAUGUAAUAGUGAUCUCUUGUUGAAUUGAGUUGCAACUUGCAAUACCUUUUGUAUUUCUCUGUAAUUUAUUCAUGCAAUAAACUUCGGUGAA